GAAUACGAAGCAGUCACGUGGUUGUGUGCGGAAACGAAGCUUCGGACGUCACAGAUCACAUGGUUAAGGCAAAACCAAUCAACCUCCCGUAAAGUGCUUCACCGUGAGAUGUUUUCUUUUUAUACGAGCUUCGAAGCCUCGGUGCCGGUGGCGAACGUCACACCAUUAGUGAUUACUUAAGAGACACCAACGAGUUCUCUUCUUACGAUUACUAUUACUUUUAUCUAUUUAUAUAAGUUAUUCGUUGCUUAUGUGCCUGGCACCACAUCGUAAGAAUACUAUCAUUUUCCAUGUAAGCGGUGCUUGAUUCAUUUUCUCGUUUAGUCAUUUUCUCAUGUAUCUUGCUGGCGAUGAUAACAUGCGCCCAUAAAACGGCGAACAUAAAGGAUUUUAGUUUGUCUGGAUCUCACUGUGAGGAAAUAUUGGUUCAUCUCACAUUAUAAAUAAACCAAAUGGAAGGAGAAACACACCACGAAAGCUGUUACCAUGAAGAUGAGCGGAUGAAACCAAAUGACGUGACGAUCACGGAUUUAUUGGACUUUCUGCACAUCGAUGUGGAGCUCGACUCCGUGUGUGCUGACAGACAGGAAACCACGUGUUCUAAAAAUGUCAUGCGGAAGCAACGCAACUGGGAAAGAAGGCUGGAGGCGAAGAAAAGCAAACGAAAAGAGGAGAAACAGAGAAAGAAGUUUAACUGCCGAAAUAAAGAUACUUCUGGGCCCAAGCUCAGUAAACGCGUCAUUAAAGCGAUUACUAAAGAGAGACUAGAAGAGGCCAGAGGUGCAGGACCACGCCUGUGUGUGGAUCUGAGCAUGACUGACUGCAUGUCACACAAAGAAAUCAGCCGUCUCGCAGGUCAGAUCAGGCGCCUCUAUGGAUCCAAUAAGAAAUCCAUACGGCCAUUCCACCUUUUCCUGACGGAGUUAAAGGAGGACAGUCUGCUGUAUAAAGAAUGCGUUAGGAUGAAUGACGGCUUCCUGAAUUAUUCGAUUGAUGUGACUGAAGAGAGCUGGUUCAAUCUGUUUCCCUCUGAAGAUUUGAUGUAUUUAACCCCAGAUGCAAGUGAAGCUUUAGAACAUGUGGAGGAAGAUAAAGUUUAUAUCCUUGGAGGUUUAGUGGAUGAAAGCAUACAAAAGAAAAUGAGCUACACAAGGGCGAAAGAGCUUGGCGUCCGCAUGGCGAGACUGCCUAUUGACGAAUACAUGGUGAAGAGAUCCAACCCCAAAAACUUCCACUCCAAAAUCUUAGCCAUCAACCAAGUGCUUGAAAUCUUGCUGAUUUUUUGUGACACCAAAGAUUGGACUAAAGCACUUGCCGCUGGUAUUCCACCUGGAAAGGGUUACAUGGUGGCGUCUGAAGCGUCUCCAAACAGGAUCAACUCUCCGGAGGAGCUGUAAGCCAGAGCAGACUGGCUUUGGGUUCACUGAAUUUAUGGGGCCUUGACCGAUAUUAAAUGACAGUGUAAUCUAUAUUAGACAAGUUUAUGCUUCACCAAGUUGCCUGUUUGUUGGGCUAAUUGUAGAUAAUAUUCAAAAUACUUUCCCUGCAUCUUUUGUGUACCAUUUUUGCUCUGUUUUUAAUUGCUCCAAUUCAGUUGUCUCUGAAAUUUGUUUCUAAACAAACAAUCACAAAACUGUGCCGAUGUGUAAUAGCAUUAAAUAAAGCGACUGGACCAUAACACUGUUAUUCUGUUAUUGUUGUCACACCUGAUGCAACAGGUAAAUCUAAGAGUUGCCUGGAGAUGGGCCUCAAUUAUUUGAAUGAACAUUUGAUAAUGAAUGUAGUUAUGUUAUUUUAAACAUAUUUUUUGUUGAAGUUAUUGAAAAGUCUAGCUUUUUUUUAUGUGUAGGUUUUUUGGUUUGUUAAAUACAGCUGUUCUACUGUAUGGCAAAGCCAAUUAGCAUCCAGUGCCAGAGGACAUCUUGAGCAUAAGAUGUGAUUAAAGGUUCAAAAGCCCCAGAAAAUAAUGUUGUUGGUAUUUUCAAUGAGAAACUAUCAAUUUAAGAUGUUUUUUUUUUUAACUGAUGGAAAAUUUCAGUUUAACUAAACCAUAUUUCAAUUAAAGUAAUAUUUACACAGAGUUAUUUUAAUAUAGUAUUUGCUUAACGUGUAUAUUAUACUAUAAUGAAUUCUACAUUAAGAAAAUAAAUUAAAUUACGUAUCCAUCACUAUUCGGUUGAACAACAGAGUUACCUAGCGGCUGCAAUAUGUAACUGCAAAGUUAUUUCCCAUCCCGGAACCAUAAGCACAAGCGUGUUGUAGAUCGGACUUAAACACCAGUGCUCUGUCUUAUGUCUUUUAAACAU